GUUAUUCCCUUCGCCAACUGUAAGCCCUUCUCCAAGAACUGGGAAGUCAUGGGGCCCGGGUCCUGCGCCAUCCAGCCGCUGUCGCUCUGGCGGUAUUUGAGUAUCCCCAACGUGGUGACGACGAUUAUCAUUGUGGGCAUUCCGCUACCGGCGCUAUAUAAGCUCAACGUCUCACCGGCGACGAAAGUUGGCUUGGGGCUUGUGUUCAGCGUGUGCAUCGCGGGUAUCGUGGCUGCGAUUAUGAGGUUCCAGUCCUUCCUGGAGGUCGCCAAUUUCAACGACAUUACAUACGAGAAUAUCAAGCCGCUCUGCUGGACGAUCGCGGAAUCGGGCAUUUAUCUGGUGGCGGGUGUGUUGCCGACGUUGAGGCCGUUGGUGAGGAAGGUA